AAGAAAUGCUAAGAAGGAUGGAGGUAAUUAAAACUUUCGCCUGUUUCAUUUACACCUUAGUAUUUGCUUUAUAUGUAAAACCUUUUUUUGGAGUUUCUAAAUUCUUUCUCGUAGCUGUGUACUCAAAUAGGGAUACGUUUUAUUGAUUCAAGACUGAUAAAAUUGUAAUGUCCGAAGAUUAUUUUAGUGUUACGUUUAUGCGUAUAAUCAUACACAUACAUUUUCUAUUGAAUUGUGACCUGAUAUUAAUUAAUUGGCAUGCACCUCUGAAGCAUAAGACUCGUGUACGGUUUGAUCGUAGUGAUUCAGUGUUUAAAAACCAUUGAUGUUGAUAAUAACAUUUAUUUAUCGGCUAUUUUGGAUAAAGGGUUGUAGGACUUUAAGAAGAGGUUGGUAGAAGAAAUAACCUUUGUUCAGUCAUCAGAGUUUUAAUUCAUUUCCCUGAAAUCGAAAUUGAAUAAAAACUUAGCUGAUGUGCAGUGCCGGCAAUACAUUUCCAUGUAUUGUUCAUAAAUUAUUACUGAGUAUAAUACAUAAUCAGAAAACUUGAUAUGAAUAGGAAUGGUUCAGCAAACGAAGAUUAAAAAUUUAACCGCAGUUUAGUCUGACGUUGCACUCUUGUAACGACAGAAGACAAGGGCCAGGCAACAGAUCUCUUAUUGAGAAAAUAAAGACAUCUUUAUGUAUUUUUAUGUACAUUCUUAUUCGUUAUUGUUAGCAGAAAAGCAAUGUCCUCUAACAGGUUGUUUUCCUGCUGAACGUUAUUCUGUCAUCUCUUUGUUGGCGUUUCUUAGACAGCCCGGUAAUGUAUCUGCGAAUCGUAUCCACAAUGCUAAAUCUGCUGUGAUUGGUUGUUGAAUUCCUCAGGGUUAGGAUUUGUUCUUGUCUCUUCUCAUGACCCAGAUUUGGGAAGUAAAAACUGACGUCAAUUGUUGUCUAUAAUUUUGUCUUGCAGACAGCUCUCACCACACCCUUAAUGAUAUACAUCUCAGUGCUUUAAAUAAACAUUCUUUAAGAAGGUAGAAUUGGAAUUCGGUAAAAUUUCUUUGUAUCGCCAUGUGACAGUUUCUGUUUCUUUUCAUGUGGAAGUAAUUGAAGUAAAAGUUACUGAGGCAGUAUUCACAUAGAAUCAUCCCUUCCGUUUCAAGUUUCCUCUAUUUUUUGUAAUAUCGUUUGAAUGAAUUGAGUGAUCUGACUGAAUAAACCUUCUGUCAGCAUAUCUUUUCUUAGGAAUUAUAUCAGGAGAAAUCAAGAAGGAUAAAAACAGCCUAGCUCUCUUGUUUAAAUUUCAACUAUGAAUCUUUCUAAAAGUUCUCUCUUAUGAGACAACUAAACUGAAAUUCGGAUACCGAGUCAGAAUUCGAUGAUUCACCAUAUAAAGUCACCGUCAUUCGCUUUCAUCAGCGAGUAAAUGACUUACAAGUAUUUACAUCUGAAUUGUUGAACCUGGAUGUUUAGAAUCACUAGUUUGGAAUUCACAAAUUAACAAAGUUCGAAAAACACAAUACUGAUUUCUGAGCUAUUAGUUUACCUUGAAACUUGACCAUUGCUAGUCUCAUUCAUUUUAUAUGUGGGCAUGUAUCCUCCCUGCUGAAGAGCUCCCAGAAUUUAUGUGAAGGUUAUUUUCUGUUUUCAUUAAUUUUUUGGCUAGAUUCACUCACUGUCUCGUUAUUAUCUAAAGACAAAUUAAACUUCAUUUCACUGAUAACCAGAAGCACUUUGUAUUCUACAGCUGGUUGUCAUUUAAAUUCAAAAAAUUACUUUGAAAAUUACACGUGCAUCAUUUUGUAUUAGGUAAAGCGUAAUAAUACCCACAAGAUUAUACUGAACUGUAUUUUAGUAACCAAUGCUAUUGAAGGUAUCACUAGAAUACAUCCUCAUUUAUAUCAACUUAUUAUGAAUGAAGUUUCAAUAUCGGUAAUAAAGACCUAUUUCUUAAUCAUACAACGUUAGUAUGUCUAUCCCUAGAAUGAUGCAAAUGAUCUUUUGGUAAAUGGAAUGUUUUUGCUUUAGGUAACAAGACCCUUCUGGCUUGAAGCACCUACUUCCAUGAUGGUAUCAAAGAAUUCCUCACUGAGCUCAUCAGGUCACAGCUAACUUCCUAUAACACUACUGAAGUUAUUCCGAAUGGCUACGAAUGGUUAAACAGCUGAACUAUAAGGUCUUGUCGAAGUCAUUUAAGCAGCGUGUAACAUAACACUACAAUGUAGUAUACUCAUUGUGAAAUCAUCCCAUGAACAGAUCCAUGCUAUGACUACACUGUACACUCGACUGGCGGAUACCUUUGUAAGCAGCUAGUCUAAAUAUCACUCAACGAUGAAUUUGUACACAAAAUCCAGCCGUACAUAUUGGGCAUAAAGGCAGUUCAUCUUUAACGAAAAAGUUAAGGUGUUAAAGGAGACUUUAACAAGUAGGACAAACCGUGAACGUCAAAAGAUCAUGGAAGUAUACCUCAAUAAAUUCAAAAAGUCAUUAGCUGAUGAAAUCAUCGGCGUAAAUCCUGAACAGUUAAAGUUGCUUUUAAAAGAUCUUUUAACAAAUCUACCUAUUCUGAUUGCUGAUGAACUCUUUGCAGCAUUAUCUUCAGCUGAUUUAAAGACAUUAACAAGCCAUUUAAUUGAUUUUUGGGGCAAUGAAUUCAGUUAUGUUGAAAAAGCUUACAAAACAAAUUACAAAGAAUCAUUUUGGAAAAGAGUAGAAAACAAAUUUGGAAAUUCUGUAAGAAAUCUUCUAGCGUGUGUCGUUGACACUAGACGCACUGAAGUGAAACAAGACUCGCCAAUUAAAGGAAGAGGCGGUAAACCAAUGGUUGUCUAUGCAUCAACUGUUAAACUGUUCAAUCAACUGAAAGGCAUUAUAAAUCAACAAAACGAUGAUGCAGGACAACAGUUAAGUCAACUUUUCUGUCAUACUGAUCCAUUUCAACUUGAGUUGGUUACCAAAUUGUACAAUGAGACACAUGAUAAACAUGUAAAGGAAUACAUCCUACAGGAAACAUCUGGUGGGUUACGUGAUGUUCUUACAGAAAUAUACGAUUAUUCGGUUGACAAGCCGAUGUAUUUUGCAAGUAUAUUUCACAAUGAAUUAAAUAAAACAAAGCCGAAUGAACUGAAAAUUCAGCGCCUACUAAUUUUACGUUCAGAAAUAGAUUUACAUUCUAUAAAUGAAUCAUAUAAACGAAUGUAUGGUGUUUCUCUGUCAAACGAUAUAAAACAAAAGUUCACCGAUCAAUACGGAGAAGCAUUGCAAUCAAUUUUAAUGAAACGUGAAAUAUCAAAUAUUUUUCAACAUUCAAUAGAAAUACUUAUUUAACUUUGAAGAUAAUUUGGAUCCUUUAAAUCUUUUGCAAAUUUUAGCGGUCAAAUUCAAAACAUUAACAUAUUCACUUUGCUUAAUAUUAUUAUCUUGACGUUUAUUGUGAUUGUUUCUUGUCUUCAAACGACUGUCAUCAGAUGUUUAUUUCAUUACAUAGGGAUAAUUCUUCGUUAAGGUAAUCUUUUAUUAUUUGAUUAUGCCUAGAUUCAAUAAGAAAUUUAAUCAUACAUUAACAGGAUCAGAAAUAUUCUACCCGUCUAUUCUGCCGAUAAUUGUUCAUUCAAAUAACAGACCAUAGAAAUGAUACUUGAUCAUUAUAUUGUAAUAAAAGUCAUUCAAAUUGCGAAAUAUAUCGGUUAAUUCAUAGGGAAAAACACAGUUAUUUUGUUCAGCGAAAAAAUAUCUCUUUCAACGACUUCGUUUUCAAGCUGUACAGUUGUAUUUAAAUUACGGAAAAAGGCAUUAUGACCAUCUCUAUGCGCAUAUACUCAUUCACAAGCUCGUGUGGAACUGAUUACACUAGACGCUGUAAGCGGAAUCCCCGUAAACGCGUAGCUGAACACUACCCGGUUUGGUUAAUGAAAGGUGAGCGAAGGACGACAAAGUCUUCAAUAUGUGAACACCUUUUGGAGUCAGGUAAGCCCCUCACACAUGAUUUAUCCUUUAAAGUUAUCUACAUGACCGAAUUCAAUCAAUCCAAAAGCUUACGUUUUCUCCACUUAUGCAUAGCCAAAACUCUAGCUAUAAAUGGACAAAAACCUAAAUUAAGUAUUCAAAAACGUUUUGUCAAACUCCUUUCUUUACCUUGGUGAUAGUAAUGUUCUUUUAUUUUAUUCUAUUUUACCGCUUGGAUUCAUUCCACUUCAUUUUCGCCGUCUUUAUUGUAAUCUUUAUGGUUAUCAUCAUCGUACUCUAAAUAUUUCAGACAACAACUCACGACCUGCAAUUUUAAAAUCUUUAUGUCAAUUCACUUAUUUAAUAAUAAUCUUUAAAAGUUUUGUAAUUCAUCCACUUCAACUCUACAGCCUUAGUGCAUCAUUAUAAUUAUCUUUAUUCUUAUCACAUAUAUAUUGACUGAGGAACUUCUAGUGCCACCUUAUGCCUGUAUCCGUAAUACAAAUACGACUGUACAGCUUGAAAACGAAAUCGUUAAAGACAGAUAUUUCUUCGCUGAACAGAAAACUGUGUUUUUCCUCAUAAAAGUCAUUGCUUGAAGACUAGUGAUAUUACCACGUUGUUCAUAAUUUCACAGGUGAAGCAGAAUAAAAACCUGUAACCAAAUGGUUGAAAGUCAUGCGCCUAAUCCAGAGAGCUAUAUCUCAACCGAAUCCAUAACAAACGAAGCAAAACAACUACGGAAAUGAAGUCAGAAAUUUACUGUCAGACUAUAUUGAUAUCAUUAAGGCUAAUGAAUUGUACUUGAAGCAUCGUCAUUAUUUUAUAUAAAACUAUUUGAAGUUUGUAGAAUAUUAUUUCACUUCACAUAACACAAUAAAGUAUUUUUGGAAGAAUAAUUUAUUAUUUAAUCUAAUUUGGAUUUUUCCGAUAACUGAUUUGAUCGAAGUGCUUGGCCUCUGUUAACAUGUUAUCUCCUUUUGAGGAUGUUUCGACGAUGUCUGAGGAUUUGACCUGAAAUAAAUUUG